CUUCCCUCCAUCUCUAUAUAUCUCCCUUAAAAAUUCACCAAUUAUUACUCCAUUCAGAUUCAGAUAUAUAGUUAGUUAGUUACUGCUCGAUACUCUGUCUCUGCACCAUGACGACCAACACAUCCACUAAAACUAGUUUGAGUAUGAAGCUUCUGAUAGACACAAAGAGUAAGAAAGUGCUGUUUGCAGAAGCUUCUAAGCAAGUGGUGGAUUUUCUCUUCACCUUGCUUCAGUUGCCACUUGCUACCGUCAUCAAGCUUUUAACCAAGGAAGCUGUGGUUGGUUGCUUGGGAAAUCUUUAUUCCAGCGUUGAAAACCUCAACCAUGAUUACUUUCAACCAAACCGAUCUAAGGAUCUUAUCCUUAAUCCAACCAUUCUUGGCUCUUCACCUUCCAUCUCCGGCCUCCUCCCUUCAUCUGCUACAAACCACUCCAAGAUAACUCUAAAGUUCUACAAGUGCAACAAUCAUUGCGGUUGCAGUGCUGUAACAGAUGUGUACAAUUCUAUUUGUAGCACCGGUUCUUGUAAUGGCCGUAUGACGACGGAAAUAAACUAUUUCAAAGCCACGACGGUUGAUACUUCUGGUCACAGUAAUAACAACAACGACAAUGGGUUUGUGAAAGGAGUGAUAACCUACAUGAUAAUGGAUGAUCUUGUCAUUGAACCCAUGUCAACAAUAUCCAGCAUCACCAUGCUUAACCGCUUCAAUAUCAAGGAUGUUGGUGUCUUGAAAGAAACCGUCGUUCAACUUGGCAUUACUGAGGUAUCUCUACUCUUACCGUCAUCUCAUUUAAACGUAACCUAUUCCAACUUUGUAAUAUAACCUUUAAUGUGUUACGUACAGGGCUUAAAGCUACUUAAGGCAUCCAUGGAAUCCCAGAUGGU